AUGGCAUCUCUUCAGGCAUCGAAGCUAAUUUCAGUCAAGGACCGGGUGGUCGUGAUCACCGGAGGCGGAAGCCUCGGACGCAUAUUGACCAAAGCCCUAGAUGCCAAUAAAGUCUCCAAGAUCUUCAUCCUAGGCCGACGCGAGAGUGCGCUUGAAGAAACCGCCUCGCAAACCAUAAGUUGCACGAUAAUCCCGAUCCUAUGCGACAUCACCUCGAAGGAAUCACUAGAAACAGCCUACGAAGCCGUUGCAGCCCAAACAACCAGCGGCACUAUGGGUUUGCCCAUGAAGCCUCCGCAACCCGCAGAUGACGGGUCCCCUCUUUGGAUCGGCCGCGCUUCCGAGGAUUAA